UUGAGUGUGUCUGCUCUGACACACACACACACACAUACACUACUACACAAACACUCACACACUCAUAGCCUCUGAGGAUGGAUGUGAACCUGACGCUCGCCGGACUGCACGCUCAGCGCUCUCUCUUUGGAAACACCUCGCUGUUUGUGAACAGUAGCACAGAUUUGGAGGAUGAGGAGGAUCUGGAGGUGAACACAGACGUGUACUCUCGUGUGGUGGUGACCCUGAUCUACGGCUUUCUGUUUGUCGUGGGUUCUGUGGGAAACGCCAUCACGCUGUUUAUGCUGUUGAGUAGGAAGAGUCUGCAGAACCUGCAGAGCACGGUACACUAUCACCUGGCCAGCCUGGCCGUGUCCGACCUGCUCAUUCUGGUUCUGUCCAUGCCCAUCGAGCUCUACAACUUUAUCUGGUUCCACCACCCCUGGAUGUUUGGGGACGCCGUCUGUCGUGGGUACUACUUCCUAAGGGACAGCUGCUCGUACGCCACAGCGCUGAACAUCGCCAGUCUGAGCGUGGAGCGCUACAUGGCCAUCUGCCAUCCAUUCAAAGCCAAGAGCAUCAUGUCACGCAGCCGCACAAAGAAGCUCAUCAGCGGCAUGUGGCUCGCAUCAUUCGCGUUGGCCACGCCCAUGCUCUUCAUCAUGGGUCAGGUGACACGCAACGGUGAGAAGAUCUGCACCACCACCGUGAACCAGAGCACCUUGAAGGCCGUGCUGCAGGUCAACGCCUUCCUGUCCUUCCUGAUCCCUAUGGUAGCCAUUUCUGCUCUGAACGGAGUGAUAGCCAAUCAGCUGCUGUGGAUGUUUCGAGAGGCUGAGCAAGAGAACCGCGUGUGCAUUGUUGCAGGAAAUCCAACCGUCCUGAAUGUUACCGUGGAGCCAAACCGAGCACAGUCGCUUCGUCACGGAGUCCUCGUCCUGCGUGCCGUGGUCAUCGCCUUCGUUGUCUGCUGGCUGCCAUAUCACACCCGCCGACUCAUGUUUUGUUACAUCUCUGAUUGGUCAGACCAGCUGUAUGACUUCUAUCACUACUUCUACAUGGUGACAAACAUCCUGUUCUACGUCAGCUCAGCCAUCAAUCCCAUCCUCUACAACCUAGUGUCAGCAAACUACCGACAGAUCUUCUUCAGCAUGCUGCGACACGUCUGUCUGCCUUGCCGCCACUCAACAAGAAGCCACGCCCACCCGCUGACCCGCCACUCAAUCAGUAUCUCCAGCAACCACACACUAUCCACCAACAUCGUCAAGGAAACAGCAUACUGACACACUGCUGUGUGUUCAGAUGGACUGACCUAAGACACACUGAGACUUCACUCACACACACACACACACACACACACACACUCGCAGACACAGAAACAA